GAUCUUUUUCACGACAGCGAGUGUUCGCCUCUUCCGCUGACACGAGAGGAAGGCCUUCUCGAUAGAGCAGGCGUGGACAGCAAUGAUCGCGGGCACAGAGACUCCACCACUCUUCUCUCUCGAUGGAGACUACGUACCCUCUCCCCCAGCGUCAUCUAGCAAGCCAUCAGCGCGAUCACAAGCAGACGCGCCACAGAUCGCAGGAAAAGCCGGUCCUCUGCGAAUUGCCAUCAUCACAGAGAACUUCUUGCCCAAGGUCGACGGAGUAACGCGUACCCUAGCGCGAUUGCUCGAACACUUGCGCAACGAAGGCCAUGAAGCUAUCGUCCUAGGACCCGAGAGCGGCCUGACGCAUUACGCCGGUCAUGAAGUAUGCGGCACGCGCGGAGUUCCUCUGCUCAUCUACCCAGGCCUCAAGCUCAACUUCUUCCGCCCACUGUUCGUCCGACGUCUGCUCGAGUUCAAGCCGGACGUGAUACACUGUGUCGAUCCGAUCUUCCUCGGUGCUCAAACAUUGCCUGCUGUCGAGCAAUUCCUGCCCGAAGUCGGCCUCGUCAGCUCUUACCAUACCAAUCUCGCAAUGUAUGCGUCAAUGUUCGGCUUCUCGUGGCUCACUUCGACAAUGUGGAAGCUCAAGCGAACGCUUCACGGAAAAUGUGCUAUCACGUUCUGUCCGAGUCCGUCGACUGCUCGCAUGCUAGCGACGCAUGACUUCCAGAAUCUGCGCAUCUGGUCUCGCGGCGUCGACAACACCCUCUUCAGCCCUGCACAACGCAGCGACGAAUUGCGAGCAUCCUGGGGCGUCAAGCAGCGCGAUCUGUCUGCAAAUGACGAGUUUGCACUUCCGCCGCCUUACCUCGCAGAUGGGCUCGCUGACGCUGGCAUCGACCGCGAAAGUGUCGUUAUACUCUACGUCGGCCGACUCUCGUGGGAGAAGAACCUCCGCCUCCUUGUAGAAGCAUUCAAGACGAUCGUAGAGUCUGCGAGCGAUGCGAUGCCUCACUGCAAGCUUGUCUUCGUUGGCGAUGGACCCGCUCGAAGUGACAUGGCGGCGCUCUGCAAGCAGUACGGUCUCGAUGCGCACUUCACAGGCCACAAGUCCGGCGCAGCCCUGUCCGCAUGCUUUGCAUCUGCCGACAUCUUCGCAUUUCCCUCCGCUUCAGAGACCUUUGGGCAAGUCGUCCUGGAAGCGCUCUCAUCUGGCCUGCCUGUCGUCGGUCUGCAAGCCGAAGGCGUCUGCGAUCUCGUCACGCACGGCUCAACAGGCCUUCUGCUCGAUCUCAACCGUCUCGUGCCGAACGACGCAGAAUCGAUUGCGAAAUAUCGUCCUCAGCGCUCGCCCAUCUUACCACCCUAUGAUGCAAAAGCCGCUCAGACUUUCCAGACACUCGACAUACCAAACAAUGUGCAUGAGCUGCUCGACGCAAACAGCGCGACAUUCCCGACAGCUGUUCAGCUCUAUGCCGGGCUUAUCCAAGACCUUGUCGCUUCUCGUCCCCGACGUCAGGCUAUGUCUCGCGCAGCACUAGAGGCCGCAAGCAAGCAUACAUGGUGGGAAGCAAUGGACAAGAUCGUGCAAGGCUAUCGACAAGUCGCAUUCGCUGCACAGCAAAGGCAAUGGGAGAAGGUCCUCGAAGAGUCUUUCCUCGCGGCCAUGGCAGAGGAUGAGCCAAAGCAGACCAGCAAGGCUCUCAAAAAGCUUUUCAGCCCGACUGGGCUGAGCGCAAAGGUCGCGAUUGCCAGCGGGUCCAGCCCUCGUCAGGUCUCGAAAGUCUUUCGACUCGGUCAGACAGUUCAGCGUCAGCGCGUUCGGCAAGCGUCAAAGACCGACGAUGACGACCUUACGUGGACACAACGCAAGCCGAUCUUGUCUGCUAUCAAGCGCAUACAACAGCGUCAUGCUCUCAAAGCUGGCACGGCUAUGUCGACAGACAGUAAUUUAGCAGCGAUCGAGGGCAACGCGGCGUUUGCUGAUGAGCUCCUCGCUAUGCGCGCACCGACUCGUCAGCGUGUUCUGUAUGCGAUGCGCUCGAACCUUCUGGCUCGCCUGCUCGUGAUGAUCCUCACUCUGCACACAGUAUGGACAUGGGCAUCCUCAGGCGGUGCAGGUCCUCUUUCACUCGUGUAA